GCGCCGCCGCUAUCGCACGGCAUGCUGGGAGCGAGAGGCGGGGUCGGCCCCGCCGGGCCUGGGGAGAGAGGCGGGUCCUGUCGGCGGGGAUCUUCACUACUGCGGCCACACACUUUUCUCCCAAAAGCUUCCCGGAAAGCACCGGGAUUUUAAAAACUUUAGGCUUUGUCUUUUCUUCUUCUUCUUCUUUUUUUUUUUUUUUUUUGGUGGGGGAAACAAUAUAGAAGGCUUUUCCUUCUCUGCAACGAUUUUGUGGCUUCCUAGAGGUCAGGAGAGUGUUGGUCAUGGGAAAGAAGGUUGAAUUCAGUCUGCCCACAUGGGCGUGCCUAGCUUUAGAACAGCGCUAUUUAGGAGAAGUUGGAAGUUACACCCUUUGGGAUUCGCAGAGGCAUUUUUGGAACAUCUUUGGAAAAAAUUGCAGGAUCCAAGUAAUCCUGCCAUCAUCAGGCAGGCUGCUGGAAAUUAUACUGGAAGCUUUUUGGCAAGAGCUAAAUUUAUUCCUCUUAUUACUGUAAAAUCAUGCCUAGAUCUUUUGGUUAACUGGCUGCACAUAUACCUUAAUAACCAGGAUUCGGGAACAAAGGCAUUCUGCGAUGUUGCUCUCCAUGGACCAUUUUACUCAGCCUGCCAAGCUGUGUUCUACACCUUUGUUUUUAGGCACAAGCAGCUUUUGAGCGGAAACCUGAAAGAAGGUUUGCAGUAUCUUCAGAGUCUGAAUUUUGAGCGGAUAGUGAUGAGCCAGCUAAAUCCCCUGAAGAUUUGCCUGCCCUCAGUGGUUAACUUUUUUGCUGCAAUCACAAAAAGGAGUUUUGAGCCAGUCAGUUUUCCAGGUACAAAGGAGACAAAAGUGAAGAUAGCGCCCUGGACUGUAAGGAGCUCACCACCUUGCCUAUCACCCCAAAUAUGAACUUAGCAACAAAACUCUGCAACAGGAAAGGAAUUAGAGAAAUCCAGGUAGCUGGCAAAUCUUUCCUCAAUUUAAUUUGCAUUAAAAAUAAAAGAGGGGGCUGGGCACAGUGGUUCACAUCCAUAAUCCCAGCACUUUUGGGAGGCCAAGCAGAAGGAUCGAUUGAGACCAGGAGUUCAGGACUAGCCUUGGCAACAUAGCGAGAUCCUCAUCUCUACAACAUAUAUAUAUAUUUAAAAAUUAGCUGGGCCUGGUAGUGUGCACCUAUAUAGUCCUAGCUACUCAGGAGACUGAGGCAGCAGGAUCCCCUGAGCCCAGGAGUUUGAGGCUGAAAUGAGCUAUGAUCACACCACCACACUUCAGCCUGAGCAACAGAGCAAGACCCUGUCUUGAAAACAAACAAACAAACAAAAGAGGCUUUGCAGCAUAAAUGUUUUGACAGAACUAAUAAAGAAUGUGCCUCUGUCUGGCCGGGCGCAGUAGCUCAUGCCUGUAAUCCCAGCACUUUGGGAGGCCAAGGUGGGUGGAUCAUCAGGUCAGGAGUUUGAGACCAGCCUGACCAACAUGAUGAAACCCCGUCUCUACUAAAAAUACAAAAAAAUUAGCCAGGCGUGGCAGCACGUGCCUGUAAUCCCAGCUACUCAAUCGCUUGAACCUGGGAGGCAGAGGUGGCAGUGAGCCAAGAUUGCACCACUGUACUCCAGCCUGGGCAACAGAGCAAGACUCCAUCUAAAAAAAAAAAAAAAGAAUGUGCCUCUGUCUUAAAAUAAUACAUUUCUCUCUAAUCUGCAAAAUAGGACACGUAUGAGAAAAUAUUUGCCAAUCAAAUACAUUUUAUAGCUGAUCUAAAGUGCUUACAAUCAUACCAAAGAACAGAACCUCUCAUCAUCAGCUUAGGCUUUUUCAACUAAGAAAGGAUAAGAUGGACCUUGAUUUUUAAUUUUAAUUCUUGCAAUGUCACAGAGUAAAGGUCAUUUUACCUAAUCGUCCCAUGUAAUAAGGCAUAUUGCCAUAUGUAGAACAUACAGCUAACUGAGAUUUCACUUUGCUUUCUGAUAUUUAACCCUGUUGUAAUAUUGGCUAUGUGAACCUGAGAAAUGAAAAACUGUGAUGUCAUUUUAGAAAUGGGGAAAAGUUGCCCAGGGCAAACAAGCAUGAAUAUAUCUGAUUAUAUUCUGUCCCCUGGUUCCUAGCAAUGCCUCUUAUGAUUGUCUUUCAGAUAUGUGAUUUGUAGUGGCAAUAUAACUGAGAUAUGGAGACUCUGAUAGGUCCUGCCUACAUGUGAUAUUUUUGUAGCUAACAUUUGAAAAAGUAUACUUACUGCUGAUUAAACUUUAGUAAAUCUGCAUCAACCAUGUCAGCUAGUGGCAGGGUAAACAAGGAAACCGAAGCUCACACGAUAACCCUAGAAAAAAAUGUUAAAACACAUAUGAAAAUUUUACAACUAGGAGGCACAGCUUUUGUUAAAAAAGAAUAAAAUGAAAGUUGACAUUUGAUUUGCAAGAAGAUAAAAGGAAAUGAUAUACUAUAAAAGUAAAGCUAUAUUAGGCAUACCCUUCUAUCCUCCCAAAUAUUAUAUAUCUAUGAAUAUAUAAUUCUCUUUAAAAGUGAAAUAACUACUUUCACUUGGGAAUUUUAAAAAUGAUUUUUAUGCUUCUUCCUCAUUCCAAAUGACUAAACUCAUUUAAUCUGCUUAAAUUAUUAAUAGAUUCUAAAGGACAGGACAUGCCAGGGAAAUUAAUCACACAGACAUCUUUCUCUUGAUAUCAGAAAUAGGAUACAUUAAGAACUGAGAAAGGGCAUAUAGCAUUUUAAUUAUGAUAGAAGAAUAAAAAUGAGGGGGAUGGUUUAAGUGAAGAAAAAGCAAACAAAAAUUUUCAUUCUAAAAAUUACUAUAAAAUAUCAUUUUACAUAUUAUACAGCCAGGGCCACCCUUACAGACUUAUAGAAUAGUUAUCUGCAUGGGGUUCUAAUGUCUUGAAGUUUCAUAGGGAUUCAAUCAUUUGAGUCAAUUAUUACAGUCUCCACUACCAGUUUGUUCAAAAUGCAAAUAUGUCUUCAUGAAAAUUUUCUCAAGUUGUUCCAGCAGGGACCUGGAAUAGAAUGUAUUAAUUCAUUCACUCAAAAUGAGUGGCUCAUGCCUGUAAUCCUACACUUUGGGAGGACGAGGUGGGUGGAUCACUUGAAGUCAGGAGUUUAAGACCAGCCUGGCCAACAUGGUGAAACCCCGUCUCUACUAAAAAUACAAAAAUUAGCCAGGCAUGGUGGCUGGUGCCUGUAGUCCCAGCUACUCGGGAGGCUGAGGCAGGAGAAUUGCUUGAACCUGGGAGGUGGAGGUUGCAGUGAGCCGAGAUCACGCCACUGCACUCCUGGACAACACAGUGAGACUCCAUCUCAAAUAAAACAAAAAACAAAAACAAAAACAUUAUCUUUUCUUUUCUUUUCUUUUUUGAGACAGGGACUCACUCUGUUGUCCAGGCUGGAGUGCAGUAGCAUGAUUUCAGCUCACUGCAGCCUCCACCUCUUGGGCUCAGGUGAUCCUCCCACUUCAGCCUCCUGAAUAUCUGAGACUACAGGAGUGCACCACCACACCUGGCUAAAUUUUUAUUUUGUGUAGAGACAGGGUUUUGCCAUGUUUCCCAGGCUGGUCUUGAACUCCUGGGCUCAAGUGAUCCUCCCACCUCAGCCUCCCAAAGUGCUGGAAGUAUAGGCAUGAGCCACUGUGCCUGGCCCAAAACACAUUUUCUAAGGACCAACUAUUUGCACGAACUGCAGUAGGUAAUGGGCCGCAGUGGUAAGAGACUAGACCCUAUUCACAAUAAACUCAAUCCAGUGGGGACUACAGAUAGUCGCAGGUAGAGGAAAAGCACCACAGCAGAAGUAAGCAUAGGGCACUGGAGUCAUAUAGGAGGGCCACCUAAUCCAGAUGAGGAAAUCAGGGAAGGCUUCCCAGAGAAGCACAUGCCCGAACUGUGGCCUAAGACACGUGAGGACAGGGCCAAGCAAAAAAUGGGGAAGAGCUUUCCAGGCACAGGAAACUGCAUCUUCUAGACACAGAGGUGUCUGAACCAGGAACUGCAAAGUAUUUCUGUAUGGCAGAGAGUACAGUGUAAGUUGAGGAGUAACAAGAAAUGAAGAUGAAGGCUGGGCACAGUGGCUCACACCUGUAAUCCCAGCACUUUGGGAUGCCAAGGUGAGCAGAUCGCUUGAGCCCAGGAGUUCAACACCAGCCUGGGCAACAUGGCAAAAACCCAUCUCUACAAAAAAUAAAAAUUAAGCUGGGCAUGGUAGUGCACAUCUGUAGUCCCAGCUAUUUAGGAGGAUGAGGUGGGAGGAUCACCUGAGCCUGGGAGGUGGAGGUUAGAGUGGGCCAUAUUUGUGCCACUGUACUCUAGCCUGGGCAACAGAGCAAGACCCUGUCUCAGAAAAAAAAAAAAAAAGAAAUGAAGACGAAAAGAUAAAGAGGGACUAUAUAACAAGACAUCAUAAUGUCAUCAUUUUGAAAUACCCUAAAAGCAAUAAGAAGCCACUUAAGAAUAUUAAAGGUACUUGGGAGGCUGAGGUAGGAGAAUGGUGUGAACCCGGGAGGCGGAGCUUGCAGUGAGCCAAGAUCGUGCCACUGCACUCCAGCCUGGGCGACAGAGUGAGAUUCCAUCUCAAAAAAAAAAAAAAAAAAAGAUCAUUAAGCAAAGGAAGAGCAUGUUAUUCUAGAAGCAAUAUGAGAGAGGGAGUUGGAGAGACUGGAGACUAUAAACUAGGGGAUCAAUAUGGGAAGACUGUAUCCUAUUCCAUGUAAGAAAUGAGCUAUAGGAAUGUCAGUGGAACUGAGAAGAGAUGGAUUCAGGGCACAUUAGGGAGAUAAAACUGCUAACAAUUAACAGUGUGUUGGAUCUAGGUGUCAAAGAAGAGAGAAAAGGCAAAGACAACUUCUCGGUCUCUGACUUGGGCAACCAGAUAGAUGGCAAAGCCAUUUCCCGAGAUGGCAAAUAAUGGCAAAAGAGCAGAUUUGGCAGCAAGAUCUUUGAUUUGGACCUGCAGAAUUUGACAUGCCUGUGAUGAAGGCAAAGUGGGUGCUUGGGGGAGGAGGAGAGGUUGCAGAAAUAGGAGGAAGAGUUGAAGGAGAAAUAGAAGCUCAGUGUCUUUUAUACGUGGCAGCAGUAUUUACUAAAUAUAUUUUUGAGACAGGGUCUCACUCUUGUCACCUAGGCUGGAUGGAGUGCAGUGGUGCAGUCAUAGCUCACUAUGACUUGAAUUCGUGGGCUCAAGUAUGAUCCUCCUGCCUCAGCCACUAGAGUAGCUGGGACUACAGGCAUGUGCCACCAAAAAAUUUUUUAAUUUUUUAUAGAGAUGCGGUCUUACUCUGUUGCCCAGGCUAGUCUCAAACUCUUGGCCUUAAGCAAUCCUCCAACCUUAGCCUUCCAAGUAAAUUUUUUAAUAGGUUAAAAAAAAGUAAGUUUACUACAAAAUUUAAUGUAUGAAAUUCCUUCAUAAAACAAGCCGUUAACAUUCAGACAAUUUGUCAAAAAGGUACAAUGACCUUGCCUAGAAAUGAAUAUUAAACUCAGUCCGGAUCAAAAAUGUGUCACUGCUUGAAAGGGCAAAUGGUAAAAUUUAGUGUAAUUUUGAGACUGGAACCAGCAUUUACUUACAUGAUAAUAGUGAGAUAAAGAGCCAAACAGUAAUAGUAUUGCUUUCCCAGGAGUAACAUUACAAUGGAUGCUGUUCCUUCUACAUAGAAAGAAAUUAAGAUGAUCUUAUAGUAAUCAAACUUUUUCAGCCAGGACUGACUGAUAAGUACAAGGCACUGAAAUGGAAACAGAAUGGCAUUGUGUUAAGAUGGAACUCCACGCAUUAUUAAGCUUACUUACUCUUGCUGAUGACAAAAUAAACAUUCUUAUUGCAAAAUAAAUUGCUGGCCAGGUGUGGUGGCUCAUGCCUAUAAUCCCAACACUUUGGAAGGCCAAGGUAAAAGGAUCACUUGAGCCCAGGAGUUCAUGACCAGCCUGGGCAACAUGGUGAAAUUCUAUCUCUACAAAUAAUACAAAAAUUAGCUAGGUGUGGUGAUGUACAGCUGUAGUCCCAGCUACUAGGGAGGCUCAGGUUGGAGGACUGCUUCAGCCCAGGAGGUUGAGGCUAUAAUGAUCUAUGAUCACACCCACUGCACCCCAACCUGAGUGACAGAGCAAGACCCUGUCUCAAAAAAUAUGUAAUAAAUAAAUAAAUUUGCUUCUGAAUUAUAGUGUCAAUUGAAACACACAAUUAAAACUAUCUUGCUUAGAAAUGCCAUUAUUAUCCACAUAUACCAAAAAUUGAUUAUGAAUGGUAACUUUUUUUUUUUGAGACAGAGUCUCAAAUCUGUCAUCCAGGUUGAAGUGCAGUGGCAUGAUCUUGGCUUACUGCAACCUUUGCCUCCCAGGUUCAAGCAAUUCUCAUGCCUCAGCAUCCUGAAUAGCUGGGAUGACAGGCAAGCACCACUGUGCCUGGCUAACUUUUAUAUUUUUAGUAGAGACAGUGUUUCACCAUGUUGGCCAGGCUGGUCUCAAACUCUUGGGCUCAAGUGAUCUGUCUGCCUUGGCCUCCCAAAAUGUUAGGAUUACAGGCGUGAGCCACCACAUCUUGCCUGAAAUGUACUUUUUACCCUAAAAUCAAGCAUCAGAGGUAAACAAGAGUUAGCAUUCCUUGCUAACUGUGCCCUGCCUAACUUUAUAUGUUUUUAUCAUUAUAACAGAUUCAUUUUAAGAGCUCAGACUUAGGUUUUUUGCAUUUCUUGCUAUCAGUGAAAAAGUUCAUUGUUCUAGACUGAAAAGUUUAUGCUAAAUAUACAUAUGUACAUUAACAAAGAUCAGAAGAUACUCUUUGUUUUCAAUAAAAAAGCACACAUUGUUUAUCCCUGAAAAGUUUUCACUAACCAAAAGUAUGUGCAUUAUAGUUAGAAGAGAAUUUUGAAUGAUGUAAGUAGAAUACAGAUGUUCUUUAAUAAACUUAAGGGUUUUUUUACCCUGACUGAUUUUUUGACUGACUUUUCUACUUUCAAGGAACAAGAGUUCAUUUUCUGGAUACUAAAAAACAAUGGAUCAGUGAUUGAUGUGGUCCAAGGCAUUUCUUAGAGUUCUGUAAGAGGAAGUAUAUAAAACACCCCAACAAGUCCAAUUAUAUUCUUAAAUAUUAUUAUAAUAUUAUAAAGGAACACAUUUCCACAUAUUGAAAUGCAGCUGCUGUUUCUCCAUCUCUAGUACAUAAACAUACAAAAUACAAGAAGUUAAUAAUGUAAGAAAUAUGUGGUAGAGUGGAAUGUGCAAGAUUUUUUUUAGAGACAAGGUCUUACUAUGCUGCCCAGCCUGGUCUCAAAUUUCUGGGCUCAAGCAAUCAUCCCAAGUAGCUGACCACAGGCAUGCACCACCAUGUCUGGCUAAAAAGUGAAAGAUUUUGAAAUCAGAUGUCCCUAGGUUUAAAUUCCAGCUUUGCCACUUUUACCAGCUAUUUCUUCACAGACAAGUUACUUUACCUAAGAGGCAUUUCCCCCACCAAGACAAACUUUCUCUCUCUCUCUCUCUCUCUCUCUCUCUCUCACUCUUGCUCUCUUCCAUUUCUCUUCUCUUACCUAGCACCAUACUCAACAUACAAGGCACUUAAUAAUUGGUAGCUAUUUUUCUUGUGUCCAGUAUAUAAAAAGAUAUAAGCCAAUGAUGAGUAGUAUCACAAAAAUCAUGAAAGAAAAGAGAAAGACUGCCUUUUUUUUUUUUAACUAAAAUAAAGCCUUCUACAGAUGAAAGAUUUUGGCUCCCCGUUCAACAGUGUGUUCCAACAUAAGUGUUGGCAAACCUGUGGCAAAGGAGCCUACAUCAAGACAGAGGGAUAAAGGCAGUGCUGUGCUCACAGUGAAAGUCUAAUAGACACCUGCUGCGUUGAAUUGGCUGUACAUAAUAAGAGCUAACAUUUCUAGAGGGUUUAUUUUGUGCCAGGAACCGUUUUAAGUACUUUGGAUGUUUUAAUUCAUUUAACCCUCAUAAUAAUUUCCUUAGGUAGGCACUAUUUUUUUGUUGUUUUUUAAGACAGGGUCUUGCUCUGUCACCCAGGCUGGAGUGCAGUGGCACAAUCACGGCUCCCUGCAGCUUUGACCUCCUGGGCUCAAGCUAUUUUCCCACCUCAGCCUCCCAA